AUGGCUGGGGAGCUUCUGAACUGCCUCGCAGCUAUUGGAAUCAUCAUGGAUUUCUCUCCAGCUAUCCUCGGAAUGACGGUGCUGGCAUGGGGGAAUUCUGUUGGUGACCUUGUCGCCGACGUGGCGUUGGCCAGGGCUGGUCAGCCUACAAUCGCCAUCGCAGGCUGCUUUGCUGGCCCAAUGUUCAAUAUGCUGGUGGGGUUGGGAACUGCACUCGUGGUACAAACAGCGAGAGUGUACCCCAAAGCUUUUGUACUUGAAUUCCAUGUUGGGAUCGUUGUUGCAUUUGUAUUUCUUCUUCUGAGCUUGAUGGGCACCCUGUUGGUGGUCACCUGGGCUAGGUUUAGAGUACCCAGAUUUUGGGGCUACUGCCUUAUGGGGAUAUACGUCUUGUUUACCGUAGUGAGUAUCGCUAUUGCGAGCACUUCUGGAUGA